AUACAGAUAUCAAAAUGGUUGGAAAUCUAAUGUUAGUCUUCAUUAGUUAUUCUGUUUUGGCUGGAUUGAUUUCUGGAGAUUAUCUUACAUGGAUUAACAGCGCAUCAAGAUGUACUCUUGCGAAUCGACAAGAAAUUAUAACAUUGAAUGAAUCAUACCCUUUAUCGUGGAUAGGAGGCUAUUACCUAACAACUCCAUGGGUAGCAUACCUAGGUUGUUUCUACAAUGUCACAAGUUUUAAAGACGACUCUGAUCGCUAUCCAAAUAUCUCUUCAGCAGCCUGUCUAUCAAAAUGUGACGCAUUUAAAUAUUUUACAUUAGAGUAUGAACAUUGCAGAUGUUUGACCUCAAAGAAGAAUCUACAAACAACUCAUCCGGAAGAUUGCAAAUCUGGAAAAAGACAUAAAUACUUUAAUGUCUACAAAACUAUAAAAAUAACAAAAGAUUCAGAGAACCCAAUAGAUUUUAAUAACCAGAAACUGCAUUGUACAAUUAUACAACUCGACAACAAAACGAAUACAUUAUCUGUGAAGGCUGCACAGUGUGAUACAAAGCACUCGGUCUUAUGUGAAACAUCAGUAAAAGAAUUUAGUGUUAUUGACGACAAUAAUUAUACGUAUGCUGUGGCAAAAAAGAAGUGUAAUAUUUUGGAUUACUACUCCGUCAAAGAUAGUACUAGAUUUCAAAAUGUUACUUUUGAAGGGAAAUCAUAUUGGACAAACGUUUUUAGAUUUUUGACGGAACGAUGGGUAGAUAAUACCACUGACAUCGAUGCUUUGAAAGAUAUCAUGAAAAAACAUAGAAAUCAGAGAUGUUUAUAUGCAUCACAGAAUGUUGGACAUCUACCUGCUGUAAGAAAAUUACCUUGUAACAAUGUUCUACCAUUCAGAUGUUCUCCUGCAUACACAUCUGCAAUAACAGCUGAUACAUUGAAUACUGGAAUAUAUCGACACACUACGUCAAGUGAUAAUCGAGACACGUAUUCUGAGGCAACAUCGAAAAGUUAUAAUACUACAGACAGCAAUGGCAAUGGAUACGAAUCGUUCGAGGAGUAUGAGGAAAUUGAUAGAACAAGGAUAACUGAAGUCUUUAUCAUAAUCAUUGGUAUCACAGCAUUUCUGUCUAUUCUUAUUAUAUCUGCUGCUAUAUUUGUAUUGUAUUUAUACAGACAAAAGAGGAAACAGUACAGUUUAGAAAUACAAGGUCAAAAUUCGAUAAAGACAAGAAGGGAUAUCUAUUUUGCAACUGAAGACAUUUGCAGCGAUCAUCUUGGUUUGCAAUGGAUUCCAAGUGAAAACGAUAUAAAGAGGUUAUCCAUGCCAACGUUAAACACUGACAAUUCUGCAUAUACAGCUCUCAAUUCAGUUGGACAGGAUGCGUCAACAAAAAACGCAAACACUGAAAAUGCUACAUAUACAACACUGAAAUCAAACGAGCAGGGUUCAUCAACACAACACGUAAACAGUGAAAAUGCUGCAAAUACUGGUCUGCAUACUAUCAGACCGGGUUCAUCAACAAACAACGUUAACACGACAAAUGCUACAUCUACAGCAGUGAAAUCAGUCAGACAGGGUACUUCAACAAACAAAGCAAACAAUAAAAAUGCUGCAUAUACAGCAGUGAAAUUAGUCAGACAUGCUAUACCAUCAAACAAAGUAGACAUUAAUACUGGCAUUGAAACCGAAAGUGAGUACCAUCACCUAGAUUUUACUUUGAAAUCCGACGAGAAAUGUUUCAUAGAUGGGAAUAAUAGCACAAAAAAGAAGGUAUCCGAUAUGGUGUAUGAAGAUCCAUGGGAGGAAGAAACCUCAAAGUUUCACAGAGCUUUCUCUCAAAUUAGGCAGGGUAUGGUACACAGAGGAAGAAGUAUACGGAAAUCCAUUUUGAAAAGACAAUCACGGAUACGUGGAAAUGAUGCGUAUACCGUAACGGAAUUAAGUGUGGAUGAUUUUGUAUAUGAUUCGCCUACAGCUGAAAAUGCAAAAGAAGAUUUAGCUGAAAAUAUAAUUGAAGGGAACGAUAUGUUUAACAAGGCAGAAGCAAUGGAGGGUGCAACUCAAUGCACACUACGAAACAAAGUUAAUCAACAAUCGAAAUAUGCUAAACCAGACACACGAAGGUCUUCAGUGAAACUGAAAUUCCAAAGCAUGUUCUCAUUGAAAACUUUUAAAACACCAGCAUCCGUCGAACAAGCCAUACAUUCAAAUAGCCUUGAUGACUGUGCGUGAAUCAAUAACAGAUGUUUAAUAAAAUUAUAAAGUGCCUUUAUCAUUUUUAAACAAGUCUGUCAAUUGAUAUUUAAUAAUAUUCAUAGUCUUUCCCAAACUAAUUAAGAUAUGUUCUUUUCCCAUUAUUAAUGCAUGUCCCUAUAGUGUAUUUGAGAUAUAGCCAAACACUAACUUUAUUACAACAUUUCAUUAAACCUAGAUUGUCAUUUAGACAAUAACUGUUAAGUGUCUUUAAAUAUCAGCUGUAUCUGUACGAAGCUAAGAAACAGGUGUAAUGCGAGCUUCUGCAACCAAUUUCUCCUGUUUCGAGCAGAGUACAAAUACAGUUGAUAUUAAAAGACACUUAACAGUUAUUGUCUUUAUCCUGCAAUUAAUUUUGUACAUUUUUCCCCUCCAAAUCGUUGAAUUUGUUUUUGAAAGAAAUCGACUUGACUUAAAUGCGGACCGCAAUGAGGACCCACAAUUGAGCUGUGACGUAAACAGUAAUUUAACAUAAUCGUUCACUCGCAACAGAAGCUGGAUAAAAGGAGACUAUAUACGUCUAGUAUACGUAUAUCGCUUCGUGUUAUCUGUACACCUGUAUUUGUAUAGUACAUGGAGUAGAAAGGUCGAUUGCAGGAUAAAUAUAUCAAUGUAUGAAUUAAGUCAUUGUGAUAAAAGCCAUACAUUUAUAAAAGUUUAAAUUUUCUAAUGACAUAUUUUUCGAACUGUUAGAUGUAUCUUCUAGCUUGUCAUAACCUCUUUUUGUAAGUUUGAAUUCUUCCGUUAAUUUGUUUGACGUAUUGAAGCAAAAUGACAUUUAUUUGUUGCUAUAUAAUACAUAUUGAACGUGUAUAUACAUAUAGAGUUACAGAAAUAAAAU